GACACAGAGAGGCGCUAUUUAGUAAUUAUGAAAUACUAAUGAUUACUUUGACAUUCUCAAGUGAGAAAAAUACAGAGUGACAACUAAUAUUUUAUAGGUAUUUCAUAUUUUCAAAAUUUAAAGUCAUUUAAGACUUGCUUUCCCUUUUAGUUUUUAUUACUUAUCCAACUAGAACAUCACAAAGAUAAAACAUUGUCUUUUUUUAUGUUUUUUGCCUGCAUAUCCUCAGCGCUCGCUCAUUGGUUCCUCCACUUUUUAAGUUGGCCUAUUAGCUUUUUGUUGCUAGGCCGUUUUGUCUCAUCUAUUUGCUGGCCUGGCUGUCAAUCAAAUUAUUGGGAGCUUGUAUGGCGAGGCCAGAUGCGCAACUGGGCUGUAUUAUUUACAGAGCGCUGCUCUCUAGGAGCGUGGCUGCUGAAGAUACCUACAAACUUUGUUUUUGUGAGGAAUGAUCGCCUGCUCUUUUGCAUCAAGUUGCAGUUUUAAAGAGGCAGACGGCUUGACCCAGCGCGAUACCUUUCCAUUCUAAGGUGUACUCUCAUCUGUCCUGAAGCUUCACCACGGCCCUCACCCUUCUGCUCCACCCCACGCCGUCUCUCCAGCCACGGUCGCCAUGACGCGCUCCAAAACCUUUCAGGCCUACCUGCCCAACUGUCAUCGCACCUACAGUUGCAUUCACUGCCGAGCGCACCUGGCCAACCAUGAUGAGCUCAUCUCAAAGUCUUUUCAAGGGAGUCAAGGCAGGGCCUACCUCUUCAACUCAGUGGUGAAUGUGGGCUGUGGCCCGGCAGAGGAGAGGGUUCUGCUGACCGGUCUUCACGCAGUGGCCGAUAUCUACUGUGAGAACUGUAAAACCACUCUGGGCUGGAAAUACGAGUAUGCCUUCGAAAACAGUCAGAAAUACAAGGAGGGCAAAUUCAUCAUCGAGCUGGCCCACAUGAUCAAAGACAAUGGGUGGGACUGAAAACCCUGAUCUACCCACAGCCCAUAACGCUGGAAAGAGAAAUGCAGCACAUGAAUAAUUAGAUUCAUUAUCUGGCUGUAACUUCCUCCCUUGGAAAUCUAUCUAGCUGACACACACCUCUAAACCUUGAGGGUGUGAGGUUCAUAACAGCAGCGCUACACAUUUCCUGUGUGUAUGUAUGAACAAAUGUGUGCCAGCUAAGUGUUUCUAUUAUGUGUGAGUAUUUUCCUAUUCGAUUCAAUUCAAGAGUGUGUGUGUAUGUGUGUGUGCAAAUCAAGGCACAAAACGACAUUUGCUUUACUCUGUGUUGGCCAAGGUCACAGUUUUCUCCCACACUCAGGUUUAACUAAUAGCUGGAUCCAUGGUAAUGAAGGGUGAAGGACGAACCCAUUUAGCUCAUCUGAGGUGAAAACAUACUAAAACAGAAGUGUCAUCCAUUUGUCUUUAUUUUUUCAUUUUCACUUGCAUGUUGUUUAUUUAUACAUGUAUUUAUUGAUCUGUUUAUUUGAUCUGUUUGUUUUGGGAUGUUACGUUUAUGGUGAACCGUAGCAAUCACACUGGUCUUACUUUGACCUUGUAUAGCGGAAGUAGCAAUGUACACUUCCUCUCCAGAUUGUGAUCUCUUUUUGAAUGUUAUUAUGGAGUAAACGAGGCAUUCGUAUGCCAUUUAUAGGGCACAGGUCGCGUACAUUAGCUAGAGCCAAGUCUUUAGCCCCAGAAACAGCUGAGAAAAGCAGCUGUAAGAAAAAGAACUGAGGCUUUUUCACAACCCGUGAUGUUUCCUUCGCUCUUAUUAGUUCCCUCCAUUAAAUCUCAAAUCAAGUGAUAAACCAGACUCUCACCACGUGUUUUCUGGAAGAAAGUGAUUGACAGCUAGUAAAUGUGGCUGCUGAGCGAGAUUAUCCAGAUGGGGCUCAUAAAUAAAAAGCCUUGGCACAACCAAAGACUCUUUCAUCACCUACGCUGACCAAACUGAGUUUGAUUUAUGAUUUAAAGGAACACUCCACUUUUCUUUUUUAAAUAGGCUCAUUUUUUGAGUUUUACAGUUUUUGAAUCCAUUCAGCCGAUAUCCGGGUCUGGUGAUAACACUUUUAGCUUAGCUUAGCAUAGAUCAUUGAAUCUGAUUAGACCAUUAGCAUCUCGCUCAAAACUGACCAAAGAGUUAACCCCGAGUGCAGCAGCCGCAAUGAUAUUACGCAGCUCCUGAAAAUAGUCCCACCUAUACUUCCAAUAUUUUCAGGCGCUGCAUAAUAUCAUUGCGCCUGCAGCACCCGUGGUACGGCAGUAAAAUUCCUUGAUUAUUAAGCCAGAAUGAGAGUAUAGUUUCUAGCCAUAUCAGCCUAGAAAAUCACAACUUUUAAUUUUCCAUCAGAAAAGGAGUGUCACAGGAGUUUCAAGUUUUAAAUAGGAAAAAUAUAGAAACUCUCUGAUCAUUUUUGAGCGAGAUGCUAACGGUCUAAUCAGA